GACCUAGACCAGCAGCAAUAUCCGAUCCUGUUAGGCACCGUAGCCGCAUCGCACAAUAGAAGUGACUCCCUCCGGACAGGCAAGGGGAAUAAUUAUAGGCAACAAUGUCUGCCUGCCUGUCUGUCUCAUCCAUCGCGACGUGAUUUCAAUUCGCGAGGUAGUAUAUUAUGAGACGGUUUUACCCAAAAUUCGGACUCGUAGUGCGGAGAAGUAGGUGUCCGGUUACGAGACCUGCACGAAUCAUUCUCAGCUCAGCCGCGCCACUAAGAAAUUUCUCACCCUCAUCCUCACUCUCAUCUUCUCCCAAACACCUCUCACGAGGGCCUCAAUCCCGCACCAUGGCCUCCUCUAGCAACCCCUUCUCUACCCUCCUAACCCGCGACGCUCCCACAGCUCGUCUCGCCAUAUUACAGCCAGCCGAGGACCAGGACGCGCCUAUCGAACUGACGCUCACGGAGGCCGUGCUUAAGGACACUUCGUAUGAAUGCAUUUCGUACGACCGGUCCGCAUCGGCGGCAGAUACCACCGAAACAGUAUCCGUAGACGGCGUGUCCCAAGCCAUUCCCAAACACCUAGCCGACGCACUACGCACUUUCCGACGUAAGGAGCGUCCGCGCACGCUCUGGGCAGACGUUCUCGCGGGCCGCACCCCAGCGGAGCUAAGCGCGCAAGCAGGGACACAGCGCGCUGUCCUCGAGGGCGCCGAACGCACCCUCUGCUGGCUAGGCGCGGACAAAGGUUUGUCGACAACGAAAGCGUUCGCGACGAUCGCGGAGAUGGGCCGGCGUUUCGAGGACGCGUGUCGUAGUGUCGGGCUCGGGCCCGACGACAGGUUGUCUGCGGCGACCAUGCAGCAGAUGGAGGGGCUUCGGGGGAGUUUGAUAAACAGCGGAGCGGGCGAUUUGAAUUCCUUUGACUUCGGCAUUUGGGACGAGAUUUAUGAUGUCUUUGGGGCCUCGUAUUGGAGCUCGGUUCAGGCUGUGGCGGAUAUUGUGUUGGCGCGAGCGCCGGUUGUCGUGUGUGGGAGGAGUAAUAUUCGUUGGUCUUCGUAUAUUGCGGCUUCGCGCGCUAUGCCGUUGUAUCAAGCGAAGUUCUUUGGAGUGCCGAUGUUGCCGUCUGUGUUUAAGGGGUUUGAGAUCGCGAAUCAAAUCGAGAUUGCGGAGAGGAGGAGGCGGUUGGGCGAGUCGAUCGAGUUGUUGCCGAUGGUGCAGACGGCGAGGGAUUGCGGGCCGCGGGAUGUGAGGGAGAGCGUGUUUUCGAUGCUGCUUAUUGCGACGCCGUCUAGGCGAGUGGAACAUCACAAUGCAGGCCCGCAGCCCUUGCCGACUAUCGAUUAUGGGAAGACGCCGCAGCAGGUAUUUACUGAGAUGGCGCGAUACUCGGUGCUUGAGCGCCAGGACUUGAUGUUGUGGUAUGCAGAGCGCCCUCCUUGCGCAAGGAGGUUGAAGGGGCUACCGAGCUGGGUCCCUGAUUUUGGUGCCAUGCCGCCCAAGAUUGGUUCUUUAUUUAAUCCUAUUAGUGGCAUGCGACAUUGGUGGGAGACAAUCAGACCCGAGACAGCGAAGAAGCCGAUCACCGUUUCCGAGGAUAACGCGUUAUGUUUACAGGCCCGACCACUCGAUCGCAUCGUCCAUGUGUCGCCCAUCUUCAACGCGGGCAACGCACGGCGACUAUGUUAUACCGAGUUCCAGAAACUACACGAGGCCAUAUCCUCUUCCUCAAACUCCUCGUCAUCAGACUCUCCCUCGCCUCCCAAUCCCUUUUCAAACGAACCCUUCACUACAACCACCCAACGCUUUUGGCGGACCCUAAUCCUUAACUCCGGCGGCUCCAAGACCGCCUCCGACACGCUCGGCGAUAACGUCGCACCACCCGAUAGCCUCGGAAAUGCCUUCGAGAGCAUACUCGCGGAAGAGGGGAUUUUAGCAGCCCUUGACUGCAGUAUGCACGAGUUACAGCUACCAGAGAAUGCAGCUCGGAUGCGCGCUUCGCCGGAAAUCAUGUCACUUUUACCACGGUGCGGCAAGGCAGGGCCAUACGAGGCCUUACUAGCUCACAACACGAUCGGGCGACGUCUUUUCUGGACCCAAGGGGGACGGUUUGGGUUAUCCGCUGUGGAGGAUGUUAAGGCUAUUGAUCCAAAUUUGGAACGGGAUACGGAGCGUGGGAAUGGAGAUGGAAAGGAGGACGAGGAAGAUGAGGUAGAGAAGAGGAGGAUGCCGGAACUAGGGAGAUUGAUGAACGAUCCAAUGACGAGGAUGAUGAUGGAGCAAUUCCAAAACUAUCUUAAUGAACGGGAUCCAAACAUGGCACGUGUGCAUGCGAAGGCUGUCCGCGGUGCGCUACCUGAGAUGAGUGAGGAUGCGUUGGGGCGAGUCGACGAUGGUGUGAGAGGAGGAGAUUUGGUUGUCGCUUGCGUGGGAGGCUUCUUUCCAUAUAUUUUGCGACCUCAGCGGAAAGAGCCAGAAGUAAACGCAGAAGGAGCAGAGGCAGAAGUGGAAGGAGGCACCGCAGCAAAAACGGCAAAAGGGGCAAGUGAAGAUGGGAAAGGAAAGAGCAACCUACAACCCACGGAAGCUACAUCCGAAGACUCAUCUACGUACGAGUUUGUGGGAGAGUGCUACCUUCACGGAUCUAUGCAGGGCGAAGACUUCCAAUCCACCCGCUUCUUCGGACAGAAGUAUUUCGACGUGGAUGUGUCGAAACUUGUCGACAUCAAGAUCGUAUAAGCCACAUCUUAACAUCUUACUAAGCCUUCAAAAGGAGAAAGGGAUAUUGAAAAGACAGAAAGCUAAAGGGAGUUGGCCCAGUGUGAGAAAGUAGCAAGUAAUCAUCUUAGACUUGCAAGUUUGCUCAACACACAUAUAAGUCCCACUUCCACACCAUCAUACAACCACACACACACAUCUUACUCAAGUGCCCGCGUAGCUCAAUGGCUAGAGCGUGUGACUUUUAUUAGUAGAAAAUAAAUCCCAAGGCUGUGGGUUCGAGUCCCACCGUGGGCGGUCUUAUUUUUGGUAACACUUAGCCUGUCUGGUAUGAGUCUGUAAGCGGUAACCAACUUAGACGCCAUACUUUUUAUGUAUACACGAAUUUUGCUGCUGGUGUAA